AUGGGUCUCUGCUGCUCGUGCGUGGACCAGGGGUCGGUGGGCAUCGUCGAGCGCUUCGGAAAAUUCCGCCGCGUGGCGCAUCCCGGCUUCAACUGCAUAUGCUGCUGCUUGGGGGAGUACUCCGCUGGCCUCCUGAACAUGAGGAUCCAGCAGCUGGAUGUCGGCUGCGAAACGAAGACGAGGGACAACGUCUUUGUGAAGAUCAUAAUCUCCGUUCAAUACCAGGUGGUCAAAGAGAACAUCUACGAUGCUUUCUACAAGUUGACCGACUCAACAACCCAAAUCAGGAGCUACGUGUUCGACGUCGUCCGCGCGACCGUGCCGAAAAUGGACCUCGACGACGUGUUCUCCAGCAAGGAGGAGAUCGCCAUGGAUGUCAAGAAUGGUCUGACCAAAGCGAUGGGCUCCUUUGGAUUCAUCAUCAUACAGACACUGGUGACAGACAUCGAGCCUGCCCAUGAAGUGAAGGAGUCGAUGAACAAAAUCAACGCCUCGAAGCGCCUGAGGGAAGCUGCAGUUCAAACGGCGGAAGCCGAAAAGGUGAAAGUGAUCAAGGCAGCAGAGGCUGAGGCUGAAGCCAAGUUCCUGGCUGGUCAGGGAAUUGCUCGACAGCGCCAGGCAAUCGUGAAUGGCCUUCGUGAGAGCGUGGUAGCAUUCUCAGCCGAUGUGCAUGACAUCACAAACAGAGAGGUCAUGGAGAUGAUGAUGAUGACACAGUACUUUGACACCAUGAAGGACAUUGGUGCCACCGGCCGCUCCAGCUCUGUGUUCAUCCCCCACUCUCCGGCUGCCGUUAGCGACGUUGCGGAACAGAUUCGCAACGGUUUCUUGCAGGGUGCCGUCCCCCGCCACUGA